CAUCUGGAAUCACCGUUUCUAUGAAUUUAACAUGUUUGUGGCGCGUAUCACGCAUCAUCAUGCAUCAUAUCGGUUUUGUUUCGUAUUGCGCAGUUAGAGGAUAAACGGCACAAAAAUUGAGACCUUCGUAGCGACUUUAUCACCGGCCCUCAAGGCGUACUUGACGUACGGGCUUGCCCGCUGGGCUGUCCCCGUCCAAGAGAGCGGAGAGAUGUCAAUACGGACGGUAGUCCAUCGUCUCGUGCAAAAUGGUCGCGUCAUACUGCGCUCAUUACGGAGUAACGAGCGCUUUUACUCGAGAGGAUACGCGGACAAGCAUUUCGGCAAGAUACACGUUGCGCAAAUAGGCGAGUCCCAGAACGGCGGGUUUCCUCGCCAGAAUAGCGGCAAUGCGUGGAGCACAGGCAGGCAUCUCGGUUAUCUAGGAGCGCAUGCUCGACGCAUCUUCGUUGACAAUAUCCUGAAGAGGGUGACUAACAGUCUUGCAGCAGAUUUAAGAAGACGCGCAGCGAGCAGGCUUGUUUUUGGCGAUUCCGCGCCAUUCUUCGCUCUCGUCGGCGUGUCGUUGGCGUCAGGUACUGGGAUAUUGACCAAGGAUGACGAGCUGGAAGGGGUGUGCUGGGAAAUUCGGGAAGCAAUUUCAAAAUUGCGAUGGAAUACGCCGCAGACUGACAAAAAUUAUGAAAUUAUAUGUAUCAACGAGAAUACCGUGAGCUUACGAAAUUUUGUAAUUGGGCCUAUUAUUGCUAAGGGUUGCUCCGCCGCUGUGUACGCAGCACAAUUUGUCGAUGCUGCACAGGACGAAAAUAACGAUUCAACAGAUAUCGAUGGAGAAGCGAAAGAAGAAAUAACUGCGUUCCCGUUAGCCAUAAAAAUGAUGUUUAAUUACGAUGCCGAAUCUAACGCAUCUGCUAUUCUGAGAGCCAUGUAUAGGGAGACGGUACCUGCUAGAAGACAUUAUGGAAACAACGAAUUGGCUAUCUGGGAGCAGAGACUGGCAGAGAAUACAAUGACGCUGCCAUCUCAUCCAAACAUUGUGGUGAUGUAUUACGUCUUCGCUGAUAGAAUACCGAUGCUACCCGGUUCUUGGGGAAUGUAUCCCGAUGCUUUGCCAACUAGAAUCAAUCCUAACGGGUCGGGCAGGAAUAUGAGUUUGUUUCUAGUGAUGAAAAGAUAUGAUGUCACAUUAAAACAAUACAUGGCGAAUCGAAACAUCGAUACGCGGGUGUCGAUAUUAUUGCUUGCUCAGCUAUUGGAAGCGGUAGCUCAUAUGAAUGCAAACAGCGUGGCACAUCGAGAUCUGAAAAGUGACAACAUCCUACUCGAUUUGUCGGAAGAAUCUGACAUUUGUCCGUCCUUGGUCGUAACGGAUUUUGGCUGUUGUUUGGCCAAUAAGAAUCACGGACUAUAUCUACCUUACAACACUCAUGAUAUCGAUAAAGGCGGCAAUGUUGCAUUAAUGGCUCCGGAAGUUAUAAUGGCAGAACCCGGCCCUUUUACCAGUAUAAAUUACACCAAAGCCGACUUGUGGACGGCUGCUACUAUUGCAUACGAGAUAUUCGGGAUGAAGAAUCCGUUUCACGGAGAGAAAGGCGAGAAAGCUGCUUUAAACAAUUACAAUUAUACGGAGAAUGCGCUUCCCGCUUUACCGGAUAAUCUGCCGUUAAUUAUCAACGCUCUUAUCAAGAACUCAUUAUUAAGAAGUGUAUACAAGCGGCUCGACGCUGAAUUGGCGGCGACAAUAAUACAACUAUAUCUGUGGGCACCUAGCUCAUGGAUGAAAAGAGAGGGAUAUUUACCGUCGAGCAAUGAGAUUAUGCAAUGGCUUUUGUGCUUGACCACAAAAGUUCUUUGCGAAGAACGGAACGCAGAUUUGUCCCCGUCACACGGAUCACUCUUUGUCGAUAUCGAUAGACGUCAAGCGUACAAACGAACACUUUCCACGCGUUCUUGUGGAAGACGCACAAUGCCGGAAUAUCAAUUGAUCGCAAGCUUCCUUAGCAGGGUAACGCUCGUUAAUGUUAGAAACGCGUUAAAGUGGAUGCAACGAAACGUAUAACUAAGGAUGGUAUAGUAUUAUAUAUAUAUCGAAAAAAAAAAAUAAUAUGAUCAAAGCUUCGCGAACGGAAAGUUACUUAUUCGUCCUCGACAUAAUCGCGAGCAGUAGUUCAAAAUAACAUCGCGUAAGCUGACAAAUUCUGGUCCUUCCUCCAAGGUUUUUCCUAUCGUUUCUCUCAAAAGAUUAUUGCUAUUGUUAUUUAUAUAUUUAAUUUCCGGUAUUUUAUUUUUGAUACUUGAAGAAGCACAAAAGGGCGAAGGAGCAAUUUUGAAACGUAAAAAUGUAACUUGAAUAUAGAAUUAUCCUUGCUCUGAAAUUUGCGAUUUUCAGAAAGCAUAUGAGCACGAGCCCUUUUGUGAUUCCAAUGCCUUGAUAUUUAAAGGAUGAUUGUAAAUUGUUUUUAUUUGUAUGAAUUUAAUUUGUGUACCAUUUUAUAUUUAUUUGGCAGGCUCUAUAAUUAUUGGUACAUAUACAAGAAAAUUAUUAUUAUAAAUGUAUAAUCACAAAUAUGUGCAUCAAAUGCAUAAGCAUUACAUUUUGAAUCGUCAAAUUGUUUGCCUAUUAGGUCAAAAAUUUAAGUACACUGUGUUAGAAGAAUACAUUAUUGCACAUGGUGUAUAAUAUUAACUUUGAAAAUUCAAAAAAAUAAUAAAUUAUUCUUGCGUUUUCUAUGCAUCAUUAGGAGAACUCGCAGUCAUAUUUACACCAAAUUUUUCAAGAAACGAGGAGGUGGAUUCGAUAAAAUAUCAAUUUCUAAAUGUGUAUAAAAAGUGUAACAUGAAUACACAUCGUCAAUAAAUUUACAUGUAUGUAUAUACUCGGAUGCAAAAUAAAACUUGUAAAUAGAGUCAA